AAAAACAGAGCUUUCAUUCCUUAUACAUGUUUGAUAAUUGCCGCCGAUUUUACAGUUGGGAGUAUGGGCCGCACAUCUCAACGCAUCUCCACACAAAUCUCACCUUUAAUACUUUCUUCUAAAAAAAAAAAAUCUCAUUGACUUAUUAUCCAACAAUCAAACCAACUCUGAGAAACCACAAUCUCCUUAUCACAGAAAUCCAUUCUCUCUUCAGCCGACAAACAAAUGGAACAGAGAUCAGACGAGGUGGCGAUCGAGUUCCCCUUCUUCCGCAUCUACAAAGACGGCCGAAUCGACCGCUUCUUCGGCGAUGAGAUCGUCCCGCCGUCGCCGGAUUCUGCCACCGCCGCCCGUUCCAAAGACGUCGUAAUCUCUCCCGAAUCCGGACUAUCCGCCAGAUUAUUCAUCCACCAAAUACCCGACCCGACCCGAAAACUACCCCUCCUGGUCUACCUCCACGGCGGCGCUUUCUGCGUCGGGACGCCCUUCUCCCCCACCUACACCGGCCACGCAUCCUCUCUCGCCGCCGAAUCCAACGCCAUCGUUUUGUCCGUACACUACCGGAGAGCCCCCGAGCACCCGCUCCCGAUCGCCUACGACGACGCGUGGGAGGCGCUCCAGUGGGCCGUGGUCCACUCCGGCGGCGGAGGCGGCCCAGAACCGUGGCUGAAUCAGCACGCGGAUUUCGACAGAGUCUUCGUGGGCGGGGAUAGUGCCGGUGCGAAUAUUGCCCAUUACGUCGUUCUCCGGGCCGGGGUUGAUGGUCUCAAUGGGCCGAGAAUUGCCGGCCUGGUGUUGGUCCACCCGUUUUUCGGCAACGACAAGCCAAACAGGCUGUUGGAGAUUAUAUUUCCUUCUAGAAGCGUGCCGAAUGACCCGAGAGUGAAUCCUGGAUUUGACCCGGAUUUAUCUAGGCUUGGGUGUGGUAGAGUGUUGAUUUUUGUGGCGGAGAAGGAUUUCUUAAAGGACAGAGCCUUGGCUUACUACGAGGCGUUGAAGAAGAGUGGGUGGAUUGGGCUUGUUGAGCUUGUGGAGUAUGAAGGAGUGGACCAUGUGUUCCACCUGUUUAGCCCAAAAUGUGAGCAGGCCCAGGCCUUGGUGAAGAAGGUCUCUUCGUUCUUAAAUCAGGCCCAGGCCCAUAUAUGAAUUUGGGAUGGACAUUUGAAAAUCAUAUGGCACCUAUUGGUGGAAUAGGUUCAUUUAUUAUUUGCAUGUAAUUUUCUUUUGUUGGCUGGGUUCGUGUCUGAGGUUACAACAGACCUAUUUCUAAUAUGUUGUACCUAUUUAAUGACUGAGGAAGUUAUACUCAGAUUUAUAGAUAUAAAUAACAUGCAUGUAGUGUAUUAGAACAUAAUUCAAAGCAGAUCCUUUUUUUGUUUUUUUUUUUGUUUUUUUUUUUGGUAGACAAGGCCUCCAACCGGAUAAAAUUCAU